UUGUUGUGCUGCGGUGAAGAUUUCGGAAACGCAACAUUAAGGAUGCCUGAGCCGGCGAAAUCUGCUCCAGCACCGAAGAAAGGCUCCAAGAAGGCGGUGACUAAGACUCAGAAGAAAGGCGACAAGAAGCGCAAGAGAGCAAGGAAAGAGAGCUACUCGAUCUACGUGUACAAGGUGCUGAAGCAGGUACACCCCGACACGGGCAUCUCGUCCAAGGCCAUGGGCAUCAUGAACUCCUUCGUCAACGACAUCUUCGAGCGCAUCGCCGGCGAGGCGUCACGCCUGGCGCACUACAACAAGCGCUCCACCAUCACGUCGCGGGAGAUCCAGACGGCCGUGCGGCUGCUGCUGCCCGGCGAGCUGGCCAAGCACGCCGUGUCCGAGGGCACCAAGGCUGUCACCAAGUACACCAGCUCCAAGUAAAAAAAUUUUAAAAUUAUAAACCAAACGGCUCUUUUAAGAGCCACCA